CUGUGUUAAAAUGAAUACAUUUAAAUAAAUUCAAUGGAAAAUAACAAACAAGACAACGUUGUCAACGGAGAAUCUAUAAUUCUGCUAGUAUCAAAAUUGAAUUUCAGAGUAUUUGAUCUGACCCAAAACCAAAACUUACAAUUUAGAUCAUUAUAAUCUACAAUUCUAACAAACUCUGAGACCAGAGAAUGAGUUAUUCUCCCUUCCACAAAAAGUUCUUCUUAAACCCUAAUUAAAUCUUUUGUCCACCCACCGCUUCAUCACCAUUCUAAACUCCUUCCCCUCCGCAAAUCACCGCCUUACAGGUUUCUCUUGCCGUCAUCGGCAUACUUUUUAGUCGGAUUAAGUUUGAUCAUCUUGAAGUUCUUUCUUUAAAUAGAUCAUUGAAGUGUUCAUAAAAAGGGAUUUGAUUCAUUGAAAAGGUGUUCAUAAAACAGAGUUGAUUCUACAAUGAGCUCCAACAGAAAGGUAGCUGCGGUUCGUGAAUUUCCGGUUGGUUGUGGCCGAGAUGUGUGUAAUAGCUGGGUUCAGUCUGAGGUAGUUAAAGUUUAUCCAUCUAGAAAAAGGAUCUCAGCUCUUAGAGACUUCCCUGAGGGUUGCGGAAGGCAGACUUCGCAAGUUUCUUUAGAAACCGAUGCGAUGGAUCACAUUAUACUAAAUGUUGAAAAGGAUUUACUCAGAAAGCAAGGAGAGAUAAAUAGGAAUAAAGAGAACCGAAAGAAUGUCUCGAGUACGAGGCAUAUGUCGCAGUUGGAUUAUUUAAGCUCGGAGAUUGCAAAGAAGAAAGUUCAUGAGUAUGACAAGAUCGGAAAAAUUGCUGGGCAGAAUAGAAGGAAUACAUCGCACGAAAUUGUGCAAGCACUGAUGGCUGCUCCAAAUUGUCCAUGGAGUCAAGGGAAAAGGGUAUAUAAAUCAAUGAAAGCAAGUAAUAGAUUCAAAAGCACCUCAAUGAAGCAUCUAUCUACUCAGGUUCAUCAAAAGAAGAGUAUUUUGAAGCAUUUCAUAUGAACAAUUCUAGAGCUACCGUUUCAUCAGACUAGUGAUAUACUAUGAAGGAUUCUUGAAGGUUUUACCUGUAAAAUUCGCCUUGUAUGCAACCGCUUUCUCCAUGUACGCACCAUUGAAUGUUGAACCACUAAAAUCAGACUCUCUCAUAUCAGCUGAUGUGAAAUUGGCUCUUCUGCAUCACCCAUUUAAGUAUUUGUAAGUAUUCAAUUGUGCACUAUUUUAAUUGAAAAUUUCCAUUUCUUUGCUUUGCUUUGCUUUGCUUUGCUUUCAAUUAAAUGGCAGGCCAUAGUUCAUUUUACCAGUAAAAAAUAGAUAGAGAUAGAAUAGUAAUACAGUGAAUUACCUGAAAUUUUCAUUCAUAUGCACUGCUUUCCUGCAUAGUAAUUGCAAAAAUUGCAGAUAAGCAAAUUCUUAGAUAAGUGGUGUUUAGAAAUCCAAAAGCUAGCUUCAAAAAGAAACGAACCUGAGAUCUGCCGAACCGAACUGAGCAGCUGAUCCAAUACCGAACUCGCCACGCAUCUCCGCUUCAAACUUAUUGAGAUCAGCAACUGCAGGCGAACCGAAGCCAAAAUUAACAACAGCGGCCGCCGCCAAUGCAGUUGAAACUAGUUUACUCCAGUUGUUCUUGGACCUAGUUGUAGAACAAUC